AAAGAAAGAGAGCCUAAACACACACUCACCUUUGUUGUGUUGUGGCAAACAGAAACAGAAACCACCCUCAAAGAUGAAGAACAGCAACACCAAGCUGAUUCUUCUCCACCCUUACAUCCAAAAACAAGGCAGCUCCAACCGCCUAUGGCUUCUCACCUUCAUGUCCUUGUUCACCCUCGCCUUUCUUCUCACAAUCAUCUACACCAGCGGUUUGUAUGUAUAUUCAACAGCAACCACAACAGCCACCUCAACCGCGAACACAGCCGCCACAAUAACUGCCACCAACUCCCCAAUGCCGACCACCGUGAUCAACACGCUCCUCCACUACGCUUCCAAAUCAAACGACACGUUCAAGAUGUCGUACUCCGAGAUCAAACCCAUCUCGGACGUACUACGUAAAUGCUCCUCCCCUUGUAACUUCCUCAUCUUCGGCCUCACACACGAAACCCUUCUCUGGAAAGCCCUAAACCACAACGGCAGGACUGUCUUCAUCGACGAGAACCGCUACUACGCCGCCUACAUAGAAGAAAAGCACCCGGAAAUCGACGCCUACGAUGUUCAAUACACAACCAAGACUAAAGAAAUGACCGAGUUGAUCAAAGUCGCCAAAGAACAGAUCAGAAACGAGUGCCGGCCGGUUCAGAAUCUCUUGUUCUCGGAAUGCAAGCUCGGAAUCAACGAUCUUCCGAACCAUGUAUACGAGGUGGACUGGGACGUAAUCCUGAUCGACGGACCAAGAGGAGACUGGCCGGACUCUCCCGGGAGAAUCUCUCCUAUAUUCACGUCCGGCGUUUUGGCCCGGAGCAAAAAAGGCGGGAGCGGGAAGACGCACGUGUUCGUUCAUGACUUCAGGAGAAACGUGGAGAGGGUUUGCGGGGAUGAGUUUCUGUGCAGAGAGAAUUUGGUGGAGGAGAGUGAGACGCUGGGGCAUUAUGUGGUGGAGAGGAUGGAGGAGACUAGCUUCCAGUUCUGUCGCAACAACAACAACCGUGGAGUGACGUCAUCGUCGUCGUCGGCGGCGAAUAAUUCGUCUCCUUAUUCUUCCUCGUCUAAGUAAAUGUGGGUAUGGAUUUCUUGUAGUAAUAACGAUCGUCUAUACAGAUUCGUCACACGUGUAAUGGGGGUAUAUGGCAUUGGCGCCAUAAGGGGUUGUAUAUUUAAGGUUCGUUUUGAUUUUUAGAAAUUUUCUGUUUUUGUUUGGGUGGGGAAGUGUAAAAAAUAAUUCUUUCUUUUUUCUUUUUGGGCACAACUGUAAUUUUUCCACACUGAAAUGAAAAUAUAAGUUUCAGUUUAUGGGAAGAUUCUAGCAUACCAUAUGGUAUAUUAUGCCUCAUAAAAUAUGUGGUUAUCAUUAAUUGAAGAAGC